AGGAGGAGGGAAGACUCGUGACGUCACGGGCUUCCUCGUCCAACACAUGACAUGUUUCGAUACAACCGUGAAACCUAGAAUCGUUUAUUGAUCAUCAGGUGACCGACGCUUUGACACCAGCUCCACAUGGGGUGGAUAGAGCGAUGACCGCACCCCACUCGGCCUGUGGGACGUGUAGAGCUGCGUGGGCCAGAAGAGUGGAGAGAAGUAGCGAAGGAUGGGACGGAGGGUAUGGGGCCUCUGCCAGGGCAUACCAACAGCUGUGCUUUACGGCUCACUGGCUCUGUUUGUCUCCAUUCUCCACAACGUCUUCUUACUGUAUUACGUGGACACCUUCGUGUCUGUUUACAAGAUUGACAAGUUGUCAUUUUGGGUUGGAGAGACUGUGUUUCUAAUAUGGAACAGCCUAAACGACCCUCUCUUUGGCUGGCUGAGUGACCGCUCCUUCCUGAGCUCUCCUCACUCUGGUUCCCAGAUCACGUCCCCUGAGGUGGUUCUGAAGCGGCUGCAGGCUCUGUCCCGCAGCGGGCCUCUUUUCGCCCUCUCGUUUCUGGCCUUCUGGGUGGCCUGGACCUGGCCUGGCCUGCAGUUCCUCAUCUGCCUGUGCCUUUACGAUGGCUUCCUUACAGUGGUCGACCUCAAUCACAACGCUCUCCUGGCCGACCUGGCGGUGUCCGCACACGACCGCACGCGUCUCAACUUCCACACCUCCUUAUUUAGUGCCAUCGGCUCCGUGUCCGUCUUUCUCUCGUACUCCUUCUGGAACAAGGAAGACUUCUACUCCUUCAGGAUAUUCUGCGUGACUCUAGCUGCUCUUUCCAUGCUUGGCUUCUUUGUUGUUUCGCGACUUCUGCAGCACCGGUUUCAAAGUGAAGUCCAGCCAUGCAAGACCGAGAGCCAGCCACUCACUGAACUGAGUAUCGGUCAAGCUCCUUUUACCUCAGCUGAGAAGCCGGUCACACUUGGCGAGUAUUUAAAGCAGCUGUCACGCCACAAGAACUUCAUGUGGUUUGUCUCUAUGAACCUUGUGCAGGUAUUCCACUGCCAUUUCAACAACAAUUUCUUCCCUCUUUUUCUGGAGCACCUCCUGUCAGACCGAAUCUCUGCCUCUACUGGGUCCUUCCUGCUGGGAAUUUCUUACAUUGCACCUCAUCUGAACAAUCUCUACUUCUUGACGCUGUGCCAAAGACUGGGUGUGUAUCAGGUGGUUCGUGGACUCUUCAUGCUGAAGCUGGGUCUCAGCGUGGCCAUGCUUUUAGCAGGGGCCGACCAGAUCUACUUGCUCUGCAUCUUUAUUGCUAGCAAUCGUGUUUUCACCGAGGGCACUUGCAAGCUUCUGAAUCUGGUGAUCACAGAUCUGGUGGAUGAGGAUUUUGUGAUGAACCGCAGACAGCAGGCAGCUUCUGCUCUUCUCUUUGGUAUGGUUGCCUUGGUAACCAAGCCUGGCCAGACCUUUGCCCCUCUAAUUGGUACCUGGCUGCUGUGUCUCUAUACAGGAUAUGACAUCUUCGAGAGGAACUCUGUAGCAGAAGCCCCGAUUGCAGCUCCUGCGCUUCCCGUGCCGCUACGUCAGGGUUGCUUUUACCUGCUGGUGUUUGUGCCCAUUUCCUGUGCCCUUCUUCAGCUGCUGGCAUGGUCUCGCUUCACUCUGCAUGGGCGCAGGCUACAAAACAUCAAGACUCUUCGACAGAGUGCCCAACACAGCCACCUCAUAGAUGUCAAGGCUAUAUAACACUCCUGUAAAAAGAAAAAGACAGAUGAGCAGCGGGCAUUUCCCCAAAACCAGACCUUCAGUAGAGAAUAGUGAGGCCAAAUACUGCAGCAGACACUCAACACAGAAUGUAUGGUCCCGUUUUAUUAUAACCUGCCUUAAUUUGCUACGUUUGGGUAUUUAUAUUGAGUAUGUGACCAAAUAUGAAUAGGGAUAUGAGAGUCUUGAGGUUUUGGGACCAUAUUGAUCAAUACAACCAACUGCCGUCAAGUAUGUAGUUUAAUGGGUUGAUAAUCAAGCCAAAUCUGUUUGCAUCUCCCUUGUCUGUAUGUGACAAUACACACUGUGUUUUAAGAAAGGGCACGUUUACAGUAAGUGUUCAUUGGUAUUCCAGGGAUACAUGUUGGUUUUGGAAACGCAUGGAUGUUUGUUGAUACUAUCUUUGUCGUUCAGGCGGGUGUGAAGAGUUGUGUCGUGGCCAGUUUUAUGACUUUUACAGUUACUCGUUGAUAUCAGUCAUUAUUCAUACUGAAAGGUAUGUAUGUUAUAGUUCAGAUGAACCCAAAAGCAGACUGUGUGUUGCACUAGCAUGUAUAACUAACAUAUUUUUGUACCGAAUGCCCGAGUUCUCUUUAUAUUUGUGUUUUUAGGGUUGUCAAUUUGACUGAGAUUUGAAGACGGCUAUUAAUUAAAUGGCCAGUUUGACAUUAAAUACAGAUUGACCUCUUAAAGUAGCAGAAAUAGUUUUGUAUCAAGGUUUUACAAAGUACAUUUUUAUUGCCAAAUUUGUAUUCUUAACUUUUAAGAAAAGGUGUCGUUGAUGAGACAUUGGUGAAAUUGCGGUUUCUGUGUCAUCGUUGCACAUAACAAUAUAUGAAACACGACGAAACGUCUUAAUAUUAAUGUAUUUUAGGCCUUAGAUGGUUUAAUCGUCUGUUCAUUCAACUGCUUGUUGAUGCAGAGUAGGCACAUCUGAUGUUUUACUCAUAUCGGUUAUUUAUUUUCUGAAACAUCUGAGUUAUGUCUUACAAAUGUGACCGAGACUAAUGCCGAGUUCAGACUGCAUGAUUUUUAAAGUAGUUGUGUCACAGAUGUUUUCACACUGCAUGACUCUCUGGGCUAGUGUUUCAUUGGUGCAGUGUUUACACUGCAAGAUGGAUUGAUGACAGGGGGAUUUACACUGCAUGACUUUACAAUAGGAAGAAUCACAGACAACUUUGUUUUGGUCCACAAACUACAUCUCACAACCAAACACAUGUGAGAAGUGACAUUGAAACAACUCGAGGUCACGUAGUUUAUCUUUUGUUAUUAACUACAUAAGUAGGAAGACUUUAAUGGGGUAGAAAAUUUACUUAUUUUGCUCAUUUGGCUUUGGAAGCCACUUUUCCUCAACUUUAAUUUUUUUCCCCACCUGGUUGUGAUAUUGCUCAGAUGACACAUCAUUCAUAUGCGGGUGCUGCUGCCAAAUUUACACAAUUCUUUCCUCCAUUUCUUAGAUCCAAAUAGACUGAAAAUAAGUGCUCUCCCCCAACCUCCCACUGGCCUGCAGAUACUCAUACUAGAUGCUGCUCUCUCAUUGGCUGUAGGCAGGCCCGGAUUGGCUAAUCGGGAGGACCGGGAGAAUUCCCGGUGGGCCGGUCCGUUUUUUGGCCGCGAGGGCCGGUGUCCCCAGCUUCAGAAUCUGUUGCUCUCAUCAGUCACACUUUUUAAAUUAAUUAAUUUAUUUGACCAGUCUUCUUAUUCAUUAUUUCACCGUAGCUCUGCUCUUUUUAUAUAUAAGUAGCCUGCAAAUUACUGGUGAUUCAACUACGACUGCUGUGGUCCAGUGGUUAGCACGUUAGAUUACGACGCCACCGAUCGGGGUUUGAAUCUCACCUGAGUAUGUUUUUUUUUUUUUUUCCCUCUCAUUUUUAUUGUUAAGACAUAUAAUACUGUUAGAGUUGUUGAACAUUUGAAGUUCUAAAGCAGCUGUUUUCUUAAAAAAAAAAACGUGAUAUUGUAAUUAGAAACUGAAUUGGAAAUGUCCUUAUUUUAAUAUAGUCAGUCGUGAACUGAGGUGGGCCGGUCUGAGGCUUGAAACUCCAGGGCUGAAAAGCAGUCCCACUCCGGCCCUGGCUGUAGGUGAUCGCUGAUGUCAUUAUCAUCAGAACACAUUUCACACUGCAUGAAUAGCUCCAGAUAAUUAGCAUGCCAAACAUCUCAAGGGUGUCGUUGACUCCUCUGCGAUUUUCUCAGAUCGGGUCUUUGAUAGUUCACACUGUGUGAUUUGUUACUACGUGAACGAGCACCAAUGUGCCUGUGAUUUCGGUGCGUCCGAAUCGGGACUAAAAAAAUGCAGUCUGAACUCGGCAUUAGAAUAUACAGUUUUCUUAAUGCUUUUGCCCAUUGUUCAAGACAUUUAGCUUGCAAAUAAAUGUUGUUUUUUGUCUCAG